AGUCCGUUAACUUUAAUUAUCUUUAUAGUUAUUUUAUUUAAAUUUUAAUAACGGUUUGUCAUUAAAUUAUACUUAAAAAUAAUAAGAUCUAACUAAAAUAAAUCUUUGACUGACGUCAUACUUAACUAUUAGUUGGCACAAGUACUUCAGUUGGUAUUAGACACCAUUCGCUGUCAUGUGAGUUUCGUUCUGUGAGGCUCCUCGUCUAACGACGGGAAAUAAUUGACUUCGCUUGGUACGCUAGAACGGAAAAGUGGCGAAUGACUGAUUGAAAAGGACGGAAAUUUUAAUACAAUAGUUUCAAGCUUUUAUAAGUGAUAUUUAGUGGCAAAUUAUUAAUGGUGCUUUGGAGAAGCUAGGAGACUAAGUUUUGGGAGAUCCCGGAGGAAUUGGAAGUCAUGUCAUCCGCCACUUGGGGGAAAUCUUAAACUGUAACCAGUCCGUCAGCUCCCCUCACAACUGGGAGCAACCGUUCUACGCCAAGCCAGGUCAUUUGGAGACCAGCCUGGAGAACCUCCCACAUACCUACUUUGUAUCCUGCCCUCUGCACCCCAGAAGGGCAUCGGUAUAUUAAUUGGUACAAGCUAGCACCAUCCCUGUGCUAAUUCGCCUACCAGGGAUUUUGGAAUCCGUAGCAAGGACACUCUCGGGGACCAUUUAGGGUUUGUUUUGGGACACUUAGUAUCUGCUAGUGAUUGUCACUUCCACUAUUACACCACAUUCAUUUUUUGUAUAAGACUCGGGACAUUUAUUUUGAUGAUUAAGUUUUAUAGUUUAUCGCACAUAUUUUGUUUCAAUAUUUAAGUUGCAUAUUGUUUUUAUAUAUCUAUAAUAGUUGAUAGUGUUCCCCAAACCAGUAAACUCUCUGGUCAAAGAGGUUUGAGCUCAGAUCAUCUUUUCCCCAUAUGAGAUUCUCUUUACCUUUAUAUAUUACCUGAAAUUUACUUGUACCAUUUAUUUACUUAAUUAACUUUAUAUUUUUAGUACUAACCUUGCUUGUCUCCACUUAUCAAUUUAAAUUUAUAUACUUUGUCCUCUUAAUUUGCUUAAUUUAUUAACUUAUUCAUAUAACUUUAAUCUUUCUUUAGUCAAUCAUAAUUAUUUAACUUAUUUGCUUAACUUUACUUAAAUUCAUUUAAUCAAUUUCUAAUUAUAUCUUUGGACGCUAUUCCCUUUGAAUAGCUAUCCAUUUUACUUGUUAUAUUUUUUAGUGACUACGUGUCGAAGCAACUGAUUUUUAUAUAUCAAGUAGACCGUAGGUUCACCUUAAUGAGGCUAGUGCCUAUUUAACUCUUUGAGAGUUACGGAAAUUAUUCAUUGUGAAUAAUCCUCCCUUAAUUAUAUUCUGGUUCAUUAGUUCUAUAGGGUUUAACGUUGCUGUACGUAUUGCAAUCGUACAAUUAUUUGGUGAAGGUUGUUAUUUAACCUAGUAUAUGUAAGUUGGGGGUAUGCUCCAUAUAAGAGCUACUCCAUUACUAAUGUAACUAUAGAUUAUAUUUAUAUUACUAUAGGUAAUUAUUUCCCAUUGUCAUUUUAGAGUUACAUAGUUUGUAUUUUUCUAACUCAGAGGUUGUCAAAAAUCUAAGUAGUUAUAUUUAAUAAAUAUUUAUUUGUUUUGUAUAUCCAUUAUUUUUUUUCCCAUUUUUGAAUUUAAUAUAUUUACUAUUUAACAGCAGUGUAAGAUACCUGGAAGUUUGGUCCAUUCCAACUUCUGGCGCCCAUAAUUCAGUCUAUUUUAUUUAUCUCCUAUAUUCUUCUAUUUUUAUUAUAUUAUUAUAUUUAUCUAAUUUAUUUUCUGAACAUAUAUUUUUAUCUUAAAAGAUUUCCCUUUUUCUAGUCAUCAUCUCUCUUUAGGUUGAGCUACUGUUCUUCGACAGGCAUGCAAACGAGCCGUAUCCAUCCUUGAGUGUCAAGUUGCUCUCUUGCAUCUAUAGCUAGCCAACUCUAUUCAGUUUGCCUCUGUCUCUCCAUACUUCCAUUAUCAGUUCAUCACCCUUCCUUCAUUCAUUUCAUCUUAUCAUUUUAGUUCAACCAAAUACUACUGCAAAGUAGUGUUUUUGUUACAUCGGCAGCCCAACUUGGUGCCAACCUUUUAUAGGUUCUAAGACAGUAGUUCUUUUAGUUCAUUUUUUUUUUCUUUUAUUUAUAUUAUUCCCUUCUGAUUUUGAAACCUCGUUUAUAGUUUUGUCAUACAGCUUACAUUCUGGGUUGAAUUUGAAACGAAGUAUAAGUAACUAGCAUAUAUUAGAUUAUAUUAUUUUACUCUUUCAGCCAGUGUUGUAUUUGUACGUACAGUAAUCGUUAAUACUUACAUAUUUUUUUUUUCUAGUACAAGUAUAAUAAUUAAUUUUUUUUUCCAAUAUUUAGGUACUAUAUUUACUUGAUUAUACCUUAUUUACUUUAUUUAUUUGAUACAUAUAUUUUGCUGGCCAUUUUUGAUUUUGUUGGUGUGUUGCUAAUAUUUUCUCCGUACUUAUAUAUUUUGCGUACAAACUUAAGUAUAUUUCAUAUUUCUGACCUUUGGAUUGCUUGUCAAUAAUUUUUGCUUUCAUCAUGUGUGCUUUUAAAGUUGAACAUCUUCUGGUGGACGAAUUGGACUAUGAGUUGAAAAUUAGGGACGUAGUACCAGAGGAGUCGGCAACUGUCGAUAGGAAACGCAAUCUUCUGCGGGGUGCUUUGAAGCAAGAAGAAGGCAAUAGGAGUUUCACCCAACUUUCGGCUGUACAUAUCCCUUUUGAGGACCAACGGAAAGGAAUAUCCGAAACGUUGGAUAGCUUGUCGAAGAAAAUAGAGAAGUUUAGGGGAACUGUACAGGACAAUGAAUAUGUUAGGUUAAUAUCUCGUCUAGCUCAUAUUUCUGGCCGAGUACACUUGUUACAGUGUACUACAGAAGAGCAGGAACCUUUUAAAAAGUCUGUUUCUCUUAAAAUCCUUACCUUGGAGGGUGAGCUUGAUUCUAAGGUUAACCCCAUAGCCACAUCUACUCCUAAUGCUCCAGUCAGUGUCGUUCCUAGUUUCACAUACUCCAAACCUGUGCAAGUACACAAAUGGGGUGUUUCAUUUUCCGGUGAAAAACAGCACAAUGAUGUGAUUACAUUUUUAGAAAAGGUCGAAUGUCUUCGUGUAUCUAGAGGUGUCUCUGAAGAAAAUUUGUUUGCUGCUUCAGCUGAAUUGUUUACCGGUCCUGCUUUUACCUGGUUCAUGAAUAAUAGAGGAAAUUUAUCUUGUUGGUCUGAUCUGGUUCGCAAGUUGAAGUCAGAUUUUCUUCCUUACUCAUACCAGGAUGAUCUCUUGGAUGAAAUCAAAAACCAUAAGCAGAAACCAGGGGAGUCUGUCACUAUGUUCAUUAACACUAUUUUAGGCAUGUGUAGCCGUUUAGACACUCCUUUAUCUGAUUUGUCCAAAAUAAAAAUCAUCUUAAAAUGUUUAUUGCCUUUUUACCAUCAACAGUUAGCUCUUAUGGACAUCCAGAGUAUUGAUGACCUCACUGUAAAGUGCAAACGUUUGGAGGAAACGUUAUCCUGGUCUUCUCAGCCUCCAUCCACAUCUCGACCCUCUUCUAAUUCUUCUUCUCAGCCAACUUCCUUUAGACAACGUUCUUGGCAAAAUAAGGGCCCUGAACGUAAUGUUUCUGUUUUUAGUUCCGUUGUUUGCUGGAAUUGUCACCAGUCUAAUCAUAAGUUCAAUGAUUGUGGUAUCCCACAAACUCGUAUUUUCUGCCACGGUUGUGGUAGGGAAAAUACCCUCAAAAGAAAUUGUGUCAAGUGUUCGGGAAACGAAAUGUCGGAGGUCCGUCCCCUGAGCGUUUCUCCGUCCAACACCCAAUCAGGGAAUCAAACCCCAUCAGAAAACGAGACAGCUGGCCCAAGCACACCAAGCAACUCAAACCCAUCUUCCAAUCGGAAAGGGAAGAAGGCAUCGUUCAGGAAACAAGCACACACCACAAAUCAAAAUCAGUCCAGAAAUUAAGUUUUAGUCAUGAUAC